AUGGCCUUGUUGCAAUUUGGCACAACUCUUGUCUUCGGUGUGCCUCCACUAUGGAACAACGAGAAUCAACCUGAUGAGAGAGUACGGAAGAUGCAGGCCAUAACCGUCGGCAUCCUCGGUACCAUCCCCACCCUAACCCUCGCCUACCUAACCGCCCCCUUCGUCCACCAAGUCUUCCUCCAAAUCCCCACCACCGCCAACUACGCGCGCCGCUCCCGGCCCGAACUCCUCCGUUUCGCCAGGAGCCUCCGUCAAAACACCGUCGCCACCGCAAACACAAAACUCGAAUUCGUGACUUUGCGAAUCUUCCCCUUCCGCAAACACACCACUGCUUUCCUGCACGAGCUCCGCGCUUUGCCGCCGAAAAAACUGCGUUUAGCAAACAUCGAGUUACCGAAGAGCGAGGCGUGGGUUAAGAGGCAGAGGGAAAAGGGUAUUUUCAAGCGCAUGCUGGAAGUCAUGAGUGAACCACGCUUCAAGUUCUACGUUAAAGAAGGGCGGUUGUACACGAUGAAGACGGGUGUGCCGGGCGUGUGGGAAGAGGUCGCUAUGAGAAUCAAGGAGCAGACUGUUGAGGAAGCGGAGAGGGAGAGAGUAGAGCGGGAGAACGGGAAGCGGGGUGUUGGGGCGAGGAAGGAGGUGCCGAAGAAACCGGUGGUCACGACUGUUGCGAGGCUUGGUGGGGGUGAGGCCAAGGUCGCGAGGCAAACUACGAGGAGGAAAGAUUUCACUUCAUGGUGA